AUGCAGGCAGAGGAAUACACACGCAGAGGAAAGGAGAUGGUGGAUUAUAUCUGUCAGUACCUGACAGAGAUCAGACAGAGGCGUGUUCUUCCAGAUGUUCAACCUGGCUUCAUGAAGUCUCAGCUUCCUGAUAAAGCUCCUCAUGAACCGGAAUCGUGGGAUGCCAUCAUGCAGGAUGUGGAGAACAUCAUCAUGCCUGGGGUUGUUCAUUGGCAGAAUCCCCACAUGCAUGCGUAUUUUCCUGCUCUGACCUCAUGGCCAUCGCUACUGGGAGACAUGCUGGCUGAUGCCAUCAACUGCAUCGGCUUCACCUGGGCAUCAAGUCCUGCUUGUACAGAGUUGGAGAUGUGUGUGAUGGACUGGCUGUGUAAAGCACUCAGGUUGCCAGAUCAUUUCCUUCACCAUCACCCAGAGAGCCGUGGAGGCGGAAUCUUGCAGAGUACAGUGAGUGAGAGCACACUGGUUGCCCUUCUAGCUUCACGUAAAGACAAAAUCCUGCAGAUGAAGAGCAGAAACUCACCCACAGACACCUUCUACGACACACACACUGACACGGACGAGUCCAUACUGAACUCCACACUCAUUGCCUAUGCCUCAGACCAGGCUCACUCCUCGGUGGAGAAGGCCGGGUUGAUCUCUCUGGUGAAGAUCAGGUUUCUGGAGACGGAUGAAAAGUUCUCACUGCGUGGAGAAACCUUACAGAAAGCCAUUCAGGAGGACAGGAGGCGGGGCUUAGUGCCUGUUAUGCUGUGCGCUACGCUAGGUUCUACAGGUGUGUGUUCCUUUGACUCUCUGGAGGAGCUGGGACCCAUCUGUGCUCGUGAGGGUCUGUGGCUCCAUGUUGAUGCAGCUUAUGCAGGCUCCGCCUUCCUCUGUCCUGAAUUACGCCACUUCCUGUCCGGGAUUGAAUUCGCAGAUUCGUUUGUCUUCAACCCGUCUAAAUGGAUGAUGGUGAACUUCGACUGUACAGCAUUCUGGGUGAAAGAUAAAUUUAAACUCCAGCAGACGUUUAGUGUUGAUCCUCUUUACCUGAGACAUGACAACUCUGGAGCAACAGACUUUAUGCACUGGCAGAUUCCUCUGAGUCGUCGUUUCCGCUCGUUAAAGUUGUGGUUUGUUCUUCGCUCCUUUGGCCUGAAGAACCUUCAGACUCACAUCCGACAUGGGAUUGAAAUGGCUAAACUGUUUGAGUCUCUGGUGAGGAGUGACUCAAAUUUCCACAUUCCAGCAGAGAGACACCUGGGGCUGGUCGUGUUUAGCAUGACUGGAGGAAAUGCUCUUACGCAGGAGCUUUUGCGCAGGAUAACACAAUCUGGCAGCAUGUUUUUGAUUCCGGCUGCUGUUGGCUCCAAACUCAUCAUCCGCUUUACCGUGACAUCACAGUACACACGCCCUGAAGACAUCCACCGCGACUGGAGCAUCAUCCAGCGCAUGGCUAAUGAGCUGCUGCAGCCAGGCCAUUGGCCCCGCCCCCACGCACUCUCACUGGAUGGUGAGACAGAAGAAGAAACCCUGUGGCAGGAACAGGAAGUGGAGACACAGCAGGAGCCGUCCAUGAUUGAUAAGCAUCUGGUGCGUCAGAAUCAGAGGCGUGCCAUUCGCUCGAUGAGCUGCACUGCCGAGCUCCCGCCAACUAGGCCUGACCACGCCCAUGCUCUGAAGGAGGUCCCGCCCCUCGGAGUGCUGGCGAAGAUUCCAGAGAGCCCUGAGGGGCGGAGAACAACACAGAAGCGUCUAAUGAAGUUCCACAGUGUGCCAAGUUUACCACAGGUUUGGGCUCAGUGCGCCAUUCAACAGCUUUACUGGCCUUUCAGCAAGGCCAGCUGCUUCAACUGCUUCACACACUCACACACACACUCAACCAGUCCACUGCCCACCAAAUAA